AGGGGGGUGUUGGCCGGCGCAGCUCAGGGAGGCCGGCCCCGGUGCGUUCUUGAGCGUGCACACACUUGUCCCGCGGGCUCCCGUCUGCGGGGUUUGCAGGCUGAGCGGCAGGCCUAUUGGGAUUUGGCAAAAGGAUUCUAAUUUCCGCUGGAAGGCUCGGCCUCUCUUCCUUCCAAGCUGGGAGAGCAGAAGUCAACAAACAACACGUCGAGGGUGGGGCGGCUGCAUCUCGCAACCCGCCAGGGCUGGGGCGUAUCCGCUGAGCUUCCUGAGUCCCGAAGGCCGCGAUGGAGAGCCGGUGGGGCCUGUGGUGUGUCACGUUCCUGUGUUUUCUGACCCACGCUGGAGGUCAAGGCGACUUCGACCUGGCGGAUGCUCUGGAUGACCCCGAUAUCCACCCGAGGCCGAAACCCCCUUAUCACCCACAGCCUGGGAUGCCCGACAACAGCGGAAAUAUUUACCCCCCACCGAAGCCACCGCCUCGCCCGCAUCCCGGCAGUUCCGACAGCGGUGGAGGUUUCUUAGACGUGGACCGCGGUGAUGGCCGAUACCCACCCAGACCCAGGCAGCCAGCAGGAGGCGGCGGCGGCCACCACCCGGGUUAUGACGGCUACGGAAGCACACACGGAAGAGGGCGCUAUAGAUCCAGCUCGGGUGGAAGUAGUUAUGGCGGAGGCGGAUAUUCCACGUACGGCACCCAAUACGGCAACACGGUGGCGAAAAUCGUGUCUCCCAUCGUGUCGGUGGUGGUGGUGGCGCUGGUGGGCACAGUGGCCACUUAUUGCCAACGCAACAGGAGGAGGAAUUGUUUCCACGCAAACGAACCAGAGAACGUGUGAGGGCUUCAGGACCCACUGAUCGCUCUGGGAGGAAAACUCAGUCAAGACAAGUACCCUGUUUAUUGCUCCUGUGGAAAGUUCCUUUCAUUCCUGGCACCCCCCCCCCCCCCACCGUGAAGUGUCUUUCUCUCCUGCUUGAAAUCAAUGAGCUGUGUGACAAAAAACCCCAAUUCGUUGGGCGUGGUGCAUUCCUAAACAUCAGCCAGACCCUGGGUAGUAGGAUCGCUCGAUCUGUGGGCUCGAUCAUUUAGACAGAGAGAUUCUGACUCUGCUCUGAGCUCCUACACUACCUCGUGCGGUCCUACACGCCAACACCGAACGCCGUCCACGUCGUCACAAAGCACAACGGCGGCAGCACGGCAAGGCUCUUGCGUGAGGCUGCUAUCGGCUUCCGAGAGACGAAGGAUGCUGCUGGGGUUUCGAACAAGCGGUGGUGGGACGCUUGACCCUUGCUACGGAAACCUCGGGGCGUUCACCGUGACGAGUGAAGUGGGAAUGAGUGAUUCCUUCCGUUAAACGCAGAACUUCCGGCAUCAUUUUGGCUCCCACUUGUCUGCAUACAAAAUUAUCGUUCCCUGUGGAAGUAAGGCUGGAUGUUGGCAUUUUAAGGACAGGAUCGCUGAUGUUAAAACCCCCUCGGGCGAUGGCUCUGGGGAUCCUUUUUUCCUGUGAAAUCUUACGGUUUCAGUAUUUUUUGGAAAAUAGAGGGUAGAAAUAGCGAUUUUUAAGAACUUGAGGCUUUUCGCGUAAUUUUUGGUUUCUGACGUUCUGCAGGCACCUGUUUGUAAGUCAUCAGCAUUGCUUUCCCUCGUUGACGCUUUCUUUUUUUUGCUGGAGCAGACAACCUCGUCUUCUCAAACAUUGAAAAAGUAUACUAACUGUUUGCUUCUCUUUUAGUAACACUUUGGGGAAGAGGAAAAAGGCCACUUUGGGCAUAUUGGUAUAGUUUGAUUCAACUCAGAUGAAUGUUUAUGGAACGUUUAGACUUUGGCCUAAAUACCCAGAACCAAGGAUGAGGCAUUUGUCAUAGUCUGGAGCUCCUACAGAGACCCAUAGAAAUCCCAAAAUACGCUGGGUGCUCAUUCAUUAUGGACGGGGAGCCAGGUCUCCGAAAAGAGGGAGCUGAAAGCAGAGAGGGUUUGAAAGAGCUUCCCAAAUCGAAAAAGAACUUAAUGCAAGUGAUCCGGACGAGAUGUCUCAGAAUUGCAUGCCCCACGUCACGCGUUCACGCAUGAUUUUGAGCAAUCUGAAGAUGGCGCGUGUUUCCUCUUUGAAUAGGAAUCUUCUGUGCCUCCUCUCACCUCUUGGAGAGGGUUUCUCAAAAAGUGGAAAAAAAAAAAUCUCAAGCCGACUCAACAUUUUCCAGAUAUGAGCUUCAGUGUGAGUUCGAUAUAACUCUUGUUAAAAAGCAUACGUGUGUCUGUGCACGUGCACACACGUUCACACAUGUACGUGUAUACGGGGGUGGAAUGGAAGCAUUUUUAAACAUAGAUUCAUCUAUUUUCUGUAACUGUCGUAUGCAACUUUUCGUCAUUUGAAUUAAAUGUAAAAGAAAAAAAAAAAAUCGGCUCUGGGGGUGUGUUCUCCUUUCUAUAUUUCGCACAGAAAACUCUAAGACAGCUGUGGAAGCGCCUGAAAAAUCAUGCCACUUUGUAGCUUUGCAUGAAUCCCAGAAAUCCUUUUCUAAACUGAGUUGUGUGUCUUUCGGGUGUGCAAAUGGACGUGGAGGCGUGUUUGCCUCUGGGAUGGUCUCCACUCAGUUCCAAGGGACUCGGUAGGUGUUUAAGAAGCAGACGGGCAUCCUCCAAAGAAAGAAAUAUUUUCGUCGGUACCAUUUGGAGCAAAGUGGAUUAUGAACGCGUAACAUAAAGAUAGUUACAGAGUUAGGGGAUAAAAAUCACCCAAAUGACAAGGGGGAAACAACGGUUCAUGUUCAACCUAGUGAAAAUAGAAACCCUUGAAUGAUGAUUACUCGGGGAAUAUCUUUCUAAGGAGUCACCAAGGCCACCUGUGAGGUAUUCUUCUCGUGCAAAAAAGAGGACAAAAGUCACGAAAAAUUGCCAUCUCUGUGCACUUGAAAGAAGGAAAUGACGGCAUUGAUGCCAUAGCGUAAAAAGCAGUAGUCACCCAGUCUUCCUGGGAACCUUGAAGAUGCCCGGUGGUCAGCGGGUGAAAAUCUUCAUGUUGGAAUGGAGAGAGGCCAGAAAGCUAAUUUUACAGGGGUGAAGAGGAGGUCCCCUGGGGCAGCUACAUUUUUAACCCUACUUUUCUACAUGCACUUAAAAAGGACGCCUUUCUACCCGCAAGGAUAAACCGUCAUAUGGGAGUCUUUCCAGUUGUACCAAAGGGGAAAGCAUGUGGUCUUGCUGAAUCAUGUCUGGUUCCUAAAUUUGGAGGAUCAAGUCACACACACACACACACACACACACGCUGUAUUAAUAUAUUGCUACGGGUCGAAUUAGGUCCCCUCUCAAAUUCAUAGGUUAGAGUCCUAACCCCCAGGGCCUCAGGACGGGACCUGCUUUGGAAAUAAGGUUGAUGCGAAUGGAAUUAGUUAAGAAGAGGUCGUACCUGGAGAAGAGUGGCCCCAACCCAAUCUGACUGGUGCCCUUAUCAGAUGGGAAAUUUGGACAUAGACACGAACGCAGGGAGAACACCGCGUGUAGCUUGGAAUGAAGCUACCACAAGCCGAAGAAGUUGGGAGAGAGGAUUGGAAGAGAACCCCCUCUCCCCAUCCCCUGCCAAUAGUCUUCAGAUUGAGUAUGGCCUGGCUGGCAUCUUGAUCUCGGACUUCAGAAAUGAUGGGAGCUUCACUUAGCACGCCUGUGGACAUAGUGCACGAGGCCAAUCAUAAUUUAACUCUGUAUUCUGAAGCCCAAUUUACGGUUUUGCGCCCUGGUACCUCUCUUUUGAGCUGUGUCACCUUGUGCGAGUUACACAACCUCUCUGGGCCUCAGUUACGUCAUCGGAAAAAGGAGUAUAAUAAGACUCCCUGCUGUGCCCAACUGUGCUGUGGGUGGCUGAGUUGAUGUACGAAAAGUAUUCCAAGUCACGCCCAGUAGGCAGUAAGGGCUGCAGAUGUCAUGGGGGAAAAAAAUAAAUAAAAAUAAGCAUUUUUCUUAAUGUAAAUAGAUUGCAGCUCAUUGCGAUAGAUAGGACACUUCUGAGAAUCAGAUCAAAAGUCGAGACCAUGAAAUCAAAACUGCAGACGCUAAUGGAAAACACCGAGUGUCAGAGAAUGCAGGUUCC